GACCCAAGGAGAAAUCUCUCUACACUUUCAGUUUAUCACGUGGUACCCGGAAGUUACCAUGUCCAGAAGAUGCAAGUGUCUUUUUCCUUCAACGAACUUGGCAGCCAAGUAUGACGCUAUUGGGACUUGCUAACUGUGCAGUCUUUUGAGGUGUGAACCCGACAUGGACAAUUCGGACUCUGAGGGGGAGGUGUGCGGGAUAGAACGACCCUCCCUGGUGGAGGACUUAAGGACUGUCUUGGAGGAAUAUCCUGACAACGGUCAAAUAUUCAAGGAGCUAAUUCAGAAUGCCGAAGAUGCGGGGGCAACCAAAGUUAAGAUCAUUUACGACGCUACUGGACCCAGUGUUGACGUCACAGGAAACUCUAGUCCUCAUUUCCAGGGUCCAGCGAUCUACGUCUACAAUGAUGCGAAAUUUACCGACGCGGAUUGGAAAGGAAUUAAGAUGCUACGUAAAAGUGUGAAAAAAGAUGACCCGAUGAAAAUUGGUCGCUACGGACUGGGAUUUAAAUCCGUAUUUCAUAUUACAGAUUUCCCCAGCGUUGUCAGUGGUGACACUCUCCUCCUCCUUGAUCCGAGUAAGCCAGAAGGCAAAUCUUGUACUCUCCACCUACUCUCAAAGAACAAGCGAACGGUUCAGUGCAUGUGGCGAUCAUUUGAAAGAGUUCUCAGUUCCACGAUCUUUGACACCAACACCAAAGAUGGCUUCGAUGGAACGGUUUUCCGAUUCCCGUUACGGAAAUCUCCAUCGGAACUCUCUCGUGGGUUGUAUGAUGAUGAGAAAAUUUGCCACCUCCUGGAAAGUUUCAGAACUGAAAUGAUGCUGAUUCUUGUGUUCCUGCGUAGUUUGGAUUCUGUGGAAAUUUGGAGAUCCAAAGUGGCAUGUGGUGAUUCUCCGGAGUUGUCCUUCAGUGCUUGUCUAAUGGAAAAAAGUGCUAAGGAGCGCAGAGACCGAAAAACCGGCCUGGAGGAGGAUGUUUUCUUCGCAAAAACCGGAUACAGACGGACAAGCACUGUUUCCUAUCAGGUGACGGAUCAUUUAACUACGCUCUCAUUUUCCCUGAGCUGGACAGUAGCGUCACUCUGUUUAGGUGGAAAGGAAAUUCCCCUGUCUCUUGAUCCUAUCAUGGAGUCUCCGCCAUUUGUAGGCGUCGCUAUUGUUGCUGUUCCAAAGACGUCAAGAGAAGUCAUUAUGAGGAUGGGACUGAUGGAAAAGGCUUUACAAGGUCACGUGUACUGCUUUUUGCCUCUGCCUCUUGUAAACACCAACAACACAGGGCUUCCAGUUCAAAUCAAUGGGUUCUUCGCUCUCAGCGCUAACCGGCACCAUCUAAAAUGGCCCACCGCCGAUGAAGAGCAACACUGCUGUGAUACACGGGGAGACGGAUCAUCUAGAUGGAACAAGGACCUGUUGACAAGAGCUAUUCCUAGGGCUUACUGCGAUCUGAUCACAAAGCUGAUUGAGACGUCGAAGGCCGAGAGCAACACUGAGGAGUCGGUGCGGGCAGUUUACGAAGCGUUUCCUUCAGUUACGUCUGUGAACGGCAUAUGGACGAUUGUGCUUAAGGAAUUCUGGAAGCUCGUACUUCAGACAGCUUGCUUUUUUUCAGAACGGAAUAGUGGCAGGUGGGUAACGGUCAGUGAAGCAGCCUUUUGUAAGGAUCAAACGCCCUCAAAUAUCCCCGUGGAAGUCCAGGAUAGUCUACGUCGUCUAGGAACGACAGUGUGUUGUAUUCCAGCGAGGGUGAUCGACACGGUCCAGAGUUUGGCUGACGGCCGGAUGAAACUCGUCACGCCUGAGUUGGUAAGAGAGUUACUGAAGAAGACCUCCGCCUACAAGCGAGAACCUCGGUCUGUCAAGUUGCACCUCCUCGACUUCAUCAUGGAGGAUAUUCCUGCGGAGCAGAACUUUUCUCAAUUGCAUGGAAUAGAACUUCUUCCACUAUCAGAUGAAAAGUUUGCAGCAUUCCAGAAUGAAGUAAGUAUUGUGCUUCUCAGAUAUAGUUUUUGGCUAGGUAACCCUAGUCACACAGGUAGAACCCAGUUGAGACCUGUCAAGAGAGGCGAUAUGCCAAAGCUACUGGAACAAGUGAGUUGGAAGACUAAAACACUAUCAGGAAAAGACAUUGUGCGCUGGGUAACCAACGUCUGGAGUAUGCUGUGCUCGGAAUUUCCAUGCAACUUAUCCCUGUUUGAAGGGCUGACCCUAUUACCCGUCUCAACAGUCCUUGAUCAGCUUAAACGUCCUUCAUUAAAGGUGCUAAAAGAGUGGAAUGGUGUGGUUUUGUCGGAUGAGGUUGAGGCGGUUCUCGUCAGUAUGGGUGUUCAGGUGAUAAGGAAUGCUGUAGGAGAGAUGUUGAACCACCCAGGUGUUGUGGGGGUAUUUAUUCUUGAGCCUACAUCGAGUUCAGUUUUGAAAGCCCUUACCACAGCAAGAGCGAACAACCUCGGCAAACGUACCCCAGCGCUAACUGAAAAGCUCAGAUCAGCUUUCGUGUCGUUCUUGUCGACCUGUCGUAGAGAUCUUACACAAGCCGAACACAGCAUGCUCAUCUCCCUUCCCUUGUUCAAAACUGUUGACCAAAGUAAGGAAGUCAGCCAUGUUUCUGUUCAAGACUUAAAUACGUCAGUUCCGGAAGAGUAUGAACAGAUCAAAGAUGUCUUCCCGGUUACCUUUCCAAGGAGGCUGAUUGUCUACAACAACUCAGAUGAAUCACGUCUCGGUUCGAUGCUUAGAGUUCAACAGCUCAGUCACAGGGAAUUGGUGUUGAAAGUCAUAGAAACGAUGCUUAGUCAGCACAGCGCAUACACUGAUGACGAGGUGUGUCGCUUCAUGAAGUAUGUCAUCAAGAAUUUCACUGAUUCUGAUCAAUCAGUGUGGAAAUUGGCGAAAGACAUUCCAUUUGUACCAUGCUCUGAUCAUAAAGGUACCCUGCGCCGGCCGGUUGAUCUCAUACAUCCAGCGGAUCAAAUAGCCCGCCUGUAUAAUUCUUCUGAGGGACGAUUCCCGUCACAAAAUUGUGAGGCAUUCCAUGAUAAACAGACACUGGCUACUCUGGAAAAAUUGGGUAUGCUGAAGAACUGUCUGCCCUCAAAGGAAAUCCUGGGAAGAGCGCGAUUUAUUGCAAAGCUGAGCAAGUCCCACUCGGAGGAAGCUGUCGAGAAGUUUGUGCUCCUGAUGCAUGUUCUGCGCAGGAUGGAAACAGUGGAUGAUUUGAAGCUCACUGCAGAUGAUACGAACGACCUAGCCGAAACACAUUUUCUGCCUGUUCUUCAACGACCUGAACAAUGGCCUUCCAGUCUUGAAUGGAAAGCAGAUAGUGAAUUACCAUUCCAGCGCCCUCGAUAUGUCUGCGAUGGGAGGCAUAGAGACCUAGUAGGCUCUCGGUGUCUGAUACUGGUAUCUGAUGGCCUUGAAGAGUUUUCAGAGACCGUUCUGAAAAAAUUAGGAGUAUCAGUUGAACUCAAACCAGUUGAUGUUGUUGACCAUUUGUUUUGUUUAAAACGAAUUGAGACAUCUGUUCUUCGCCCGGACGAAAUGACCUGUUUAAAACAAAUGUAUGAAAGACUGUAUUCCUAUUUGGAAGAUCACAUCAGGGAAUCUGAUGUAACCCAUCACUGGAUGGAAAAACUCAGGCAGCUAGACUGUGUGUUUGUCGACACUCGCCACAUUUCACCACAGUCUGUUGCCUGUGAGUGUGAUAUCGACUGUUCUCCAUACUUGUUCAAGCUGAGCGAUGGUUAUAGUCGACGUUAUCCGAAUACAAUGAGUUUAUUUGGUAUCAAGAAACACUUCAGCAGUUCUGACUUACUGCAUUAUCUCCAAAAGUUCUAUGAAGAUCACAGAGAAAAAAGGCUGGACGCAAGAUCAAUGCGUCUUUUACACAACAUGAUUACAUUACUACUCGACUCGGUAAACGGUGAACAUGGGCAGGUGAAUGAGACUGGCAGUAUGAUGUUGCCAGAUCAAACAGGAACGCUGCGUCCCACAGAGAUGUUGUGCUUCGAUGAUUCUUCGUGGAUUGAGGAAUUGGCUGAAUUGAACUAUGUUCACGACAGUGUAUCAGUAGAAACGGCCAAACGAUUGGGUGUAAAGGGCAAACAAAACUGGUGUUUGUAUCAGAAUGCUGACGGGAUUGAAGAGCUCUUUGGCCAAAAAGAAGAACUGACAAGUAGAUUGAAUGGAAUUUUACAGGCUUACCCUUGUGAUUUCACGCUAUUGACAGAAUUAUUACAAAACGCUGAUGACGCAGGGGCUACGGAAAUACAGUUUAUUAAAGACUGGAGGUUCCACAAAAGUGACAAGGCGUUUUCUGAAGCGUGGAAGGAACUUCAUGGUCCCGCCUUAUGUGUGUACAAUAAUGCUGACUUUACCGAUGAAGAUCUUAAAGGAAUUCAAAGGUUGGGGAAGGGAAGCAAGACAAAUGACCCUUUAAAAACUGGAAAAUUUGGAGUUGGUUUCAAUGUGGUGUAUCAUCUAACAGAUGCCCCAUCUUUUCUGAUCAAGUCUCCAACCAAGCAAACAUUAUGCGCUCUGGACCCAAGUGGUAGUUAUUUACCGAACUUACGACCCGGCCAGUCUGGCAAGAGAUGGACCGAUUUGGAUGUGCUUGGUGAGCGAUUCCCGGAUUCGGUUGCUUGUUACCCCGAAAGUGUUUUGAAUCAAAACCAGGUCGGAACUCUUUUUAGACUGCCAUUACGAAACGGGAAGAGCGCACAACAAUCAUUGAUUAAACCUGAAGAAAUGACAGUUGAAGAAUUAGAGAAACUACUCGAAGUAUUUCAGAACGGCGCAAAGGAAGCCCUUUUGUUUACUGAAAGCGUAAACACUAUCAAAAUAAUCAACGUAAAUGGGAAUGGUGAAUUGGAAACUCAGUAUGAAGUCAAAGCUCAACUGAGUUUAGAAAGUUUUUUAAAAAAACAAAUGUACCUCUCAAAGCGCAAAGAAUUAAUACAGUCGGAAAAAUCGCUUGAAAACAUUGACAUAACAAAGGUGCAAUACAUUGUGGAUUUAAAUGAUCACACUGGAAGAGAAAGCUGGUUUGUUAAGCAACAAAUUGGAUUUGAAAACCCGAAAGAAACCCCGGAUGUGGUGAAGAAAGCAUACAGUCAGAAAAAAGUCAACCUGCUGCCAACCGGAGGGGUAGCAUUUCCACUGACACAGCCAGAGGGCCGUGUCUGUAAAGCAUUUCGUGGUCUUCCCCUUCCAAUACCUACGGGACUACCUGUACAACUUGAGGCAGACUUCGUAUUGGAUUACGAACAUAGAAGCAGUCUAUAUCAUUCACCUGUCUCAGAUGUUAACACUGAAUGGAACAAAACUGUGAUCGGGCAUCUCCUGGCACCACUGUAUGCUUCCGGGUUGUUAGAUAUGAGAGAAAUGCUGUUCAGUAAGACGCCCAGCACGGCCAAUAGCGUUGCUGUUCAAACAUACCACGCCUUAUUCCCUUCUAUCAAAAAGGCCAGUGAUGAUUACUGGAAGCAAGUCUGUCAAGCCUUUUACCAAAGUCUUAGCCAUUGUGCCAGCCGAGUGUUGUUGAUAACAGAUGAAAAUCAGUCACCUGAGGGAAAGUUGGUUUCUGUACAAAAAUGGCUUCCAGUGAAUGGAAAAGAGAGUGAACACGGUUUCUUUAAUACACUAAGUCGCCAAUUCCCUCACCAUGAAAAUAAUAAGCUGGCUAAGGUUGCAAGGUUGACAGCACUGCUAAAAAAACUUCACUUCAACAUCACUGAAACACCUUUGGAUGUUUAUGAAAACUUUUACGAAGCAAAAGUCAAUGUUAAAGAGGUACAUCCGGACGCAGUUGUUAGUUUCUUGCAUACAGCCUCUGACUCCUCCCAUUGUAAAGUGGGCAACGUACCAUGUCCAUUGCGAACGUCAUUAAUCAACAACGAAAACAACUUACAUGAGCUGUUGUCGUACUGCCAUCGCUCCAGGCAACUGAAGCAUUCUCUCGAAGGGCUACCGCUGCUUCUGACUUAUGACGGAAAUCUGCGGGUUUUCAGAGAGUCGCAGAAAGUGUUUGAAUCAAAGCACCAUGAUAUUCUUCCUCAUUCACAAUCUUGCUUUCUUAACUGGAAUGUGGAAAAAAUUCUUUCCUCAAAUUUCGACUAUCCAAUUGUACGGUAUGGUCAAGUUCGGCCGCUCCAGAUUGCAGAUUACGCCAGAUGCCUGCCCAUAGAGCUACCUCAAACAGUAUUUGGCUGUAAUCAACCAGUCGAGUUCAUUAAUAAGACUUGGUUGAAGUCAGUCUGGGAGUUUUUGACGGAACAAGUUGCGAAAGUUGAAAAGAAGAAAAGUCCACAUAAACUCACCGCAGAUCAAAUUUUAGAGCACCUACAAGACAUUUUGAUGUGGUCUCUGAUACCCGUCACAACCACUUACCGUGGUGUAAACAGCUCUUACCUUUUACCCAUCAGUUUUGCCGAACAGAUAUUCACAAGCAACGGCUGGGUAAUUGAAGAUCAUCUUCGUGAAAUGGGAGUUUAUUUUUACGUCCCAUUCGAUGAGAACAAGGAGCUGCCAUCAAGGCUUUUAGUUUCUUGCAGUGAUCCAGGAAAGGUUCUGAUUGGCUUAACCAAAGCUUUAGAGUCUUCACGCGAUACUGUUCAUGUCACUUCCCUUACAAAUGACCAGUGUGAGGACAUUCUGGGUUAUUUCUCAAAAAAAAAGCAGAUAGACCAGUUGAGUAAGAUCCCAGGGAACAAAGUCAUGUUAAAACGACUGCCUUUUUAUGUGACAGUUAACAAUCAUGCUGUCAAGGUAGAAGACGCUCGGGCCAUAGUCUUACCAGACUCAAUACCCUCCGUGGGAAUGUUGACAUGGUCUAAGAAGGAAUCAUUGGUGUUGUUAAAAGAAAACAAGAGCCUCGCGCACUUGUACAAAUAUUUGGAACUUCACAUCUACCAGGAUGUGGAUUUCUACAGCAGGUACCUUUUCCCAUUAUUUGAACUCCUCGACGAGGAGGCAAGGAUCGUUCAUUUGGAGUUCGUUCGAGAUAGGCUAGUUCCCAUAACCAAACGUGAUCCCAAGUCCAAAUUUCGCCAAGCUCUCCAAAAGCUACCGUUCAUCCCAAGAAACAUGAAACUAGAAAAAGCCUCUAGUUUUUAUGAUCGGGAACAUCAUCUAUUUAAGGUUAUGCUGAGUGAGGGCUAUUUUGUACCUGAGACAUUUUGGUGUGAAGAAUGGCGAGAUAUGUUAAUUAUGGCUGGCCUUACAAACACGGUGACUUGUGACAAGUUCGUGGGGUUGGCUAAGCAAUUAGAGGCAAACGGACGCUGCAGCGGUAACCUGACAAAGAUUGCUGGACAAUCCCAACAUUUGAUAGAAAAUUUGUACAAGGAACAAGAAUGUGAUGAGAGGCUAUUGGAAAGAAUUCGAGACAUUAAGUUUCUUGUGUCCUGUCCUAUCGCUGAGGAGCUUCAGGCGUUUGUAUCACUUAAGAGGUAUGAGCCGAUGAUUUGUUUCAACGGGUCAAUUUUGCCAGAAUAUCAAGACCUGGUAUUUACAACAUCUGACGUGCUUAGUUAUUCCUUCGACAAGAUAUGUACAAAUUUAAAAAUUCUAGGUAUUAAGUCUUCUCCAACACCACAGGAUGUUGUUCAAAAUCUGCAGAAUAUCCUGAAAAGGAUGGAACAACUGCAACAGGAUGGACUAGAAUUCGUUACGGACAAGCUGUUUAAAAUCGUCCGUGAAACGUUUAAAUUCCUUCAAAGUGAAAAUUUAAGUGAGGACCUCAGAGAACGACUUCGUCACUCACCGUGCGUAGUGAUUCAAGACCACCAAUGUUUUGUCAAGCCUCAGCAAGUUGUUGUGGAGCUGAAAUCACAAAAACAGAUUGUUCCAUACCUUUUCGCUCUCCCUAAAACCCUUGGACCUUUCCUAGAAUUGCUGCAGUCCAUUGGCGUUUCCGAAUCUCCGUCUCCACAACAUUACGAAAAAGUUCUCGCUCAGAUAAGAGAAAGUUAUCAAGACGGAGAUCUUAAACCUGGCGAGGCAGAGGCGGCACGUAUGGCCACCAGAGGUUUAUAUGAGGGUCUGAUCACGAAAAAUGACUAUGUUCCGACCGAUCUACUCUAUCUACCUGCCCAGAAAGGGGAUUCAACUGUCAUCUGGAAUUCUAGCGAAGUGGUGAUUUCCGAUAACCCAGUCCUCAAGACAAAAGCAAGAGACGUACUUGACUUUGUAUAUUUGGUAGAUUUUAAUGAUCAGGAUGCAGAUGAACCAAACUUUGACAAGAUGAAAUUUUGGGAAAGGCUUCCUGACAGCCACAAACCACAGCUUCUGUCAAAUUUGGUGGAGGAAAAGUUGACGCAUUCCUGUGAGUCACUGUAUCGACAGUCGGAGACUAGAUGUCAGGCGUUGAAAGCUAUGGUGUCCUCGCCCGAAGUUCAAAGGGGAGUUGUCAAGUUGAUUAACCACUUUGCACCUAAUGACAGCAAUAUAGAAAGCCGCUCGAUCAUUGAUAAGAUACAAAGACUUAUUUCAUCAGUGAGGAUAUUUUGUUUACCACAAGUUAUAACAUGUCUGGUGCACCAAGGUAACAUUGUUCCCGGUACAGAAAGCUACUCACUUUCGCGACACUGCGAAGUCGUGGAAACUGGGGAUAUGGACGAGUUGCAUAUUAUUUUGAAGGAAGGAAUCCUUGAGGAUGCUAGCAAGAGUUUGCAUGAAAUAUGCCUAAGUCUCUGUAGUAAAAUGCCAAAUGUACCUAACGAAGUAAUACUGCAUAUACACCAACUCUUAUCAUUGGCACACGGACGACAACCAAUCUCAGACUAUCUAAAUGAGCAGCGAAUCUGUGAAGACUGGACAGAUGAGCAGCUUGGAGGAGCUUCAGCCAUGUCAUCUCCAGGGAACUACAUUCCAGUCUCUCUCCAUGGCUCGCUGGAUCAAAGUUUCCUCACGCUAACACCCGGUCAAUGCGUCGCGUAUGAAUGUAGUGACCCAGUGCUGUCCGGAGAAGAUGGCGAUGCUGUUUACCGCUAUGCGACUGUUCUGGAGGAAGUUGGGAAGCGAGCAGACAGUUGGAAAAAAGACUACAAGAUAGACAUCGGUGACACCCUCACUGUACCUACUACUGACCUCUAUGCGUUUCACACGAGAUCACCCGUCUGCUCAGAGGAAGCAGCAAUUUCCAUCGGAAGUACUACCUCUGCAGGUGCUGACAGAAAGCAAGAGAGCAAGUCCUUACAAGAGGUAGAAACCGAAAUUUACCAGAUUCUUAAGGAGGCAUGGGAGAUAAAUAAGACAGUGAGGAAUAAAGUCUUGAAGAGGCUCCUUCUUAAGUGGUACCCCGAUGCAAAUUCUGAACUCAAAGACUUCCGAACCAAAGUCACUGAAUAUAUACAUGACUUGGUAAAACAAUUUGAGAGCAAAGAGAAAGUGUUUGAUGAUGAUGUUGAUAACCGUGUUGAUAAGGAUGAUACCAAUACUCAUGAUGACAUAUUGAAUCCACAAGCAGGUGUGUCUGGGCGUUGUGACAUGUACGAAAGUAUUUCAGCCAGGGGGAGGGCGUACUGGAAGGAGCAUGGAGAGUUGACUAGGGCUGAUGAACUCUGGUUACACCCUAAUCCUCAGCCGUCAGAAGGUCGCCGCUGGCUCCGUCAGGCACAGGCCGACUUUAAAGCCGUCGGAAAUGACGAGAAUGGUCACCCUCCAUCGCCUGCCUGGGCGUGCUUUAAAUGUUUGCAGGCUGCGGAAAAGGCAUUAAAAGCUGCAUUGCUCGCCAAAAAUGCUAACGACAGCGCCAGAUCAAGCCAUUAUUUGGAAGAAAUAGCAGGCAGACUUGACAACAAAACCUUAUAUCGACUGGCCAGGGAUCUGGAGGAUACGUUAGGUAGGAAAGGGCACUUGGCAACAAGGUAUCCAGACAUGUUGAGGGCCGGUGAAAUUCCGUCAGAAUUCUAUAAAAUGGACAAAGUGAUCCAAACGAAGCAACUCUGUAGAGAGAUGUUGGCUGUGAUCGAGCCUAUUCUGCAAACUUCUAACGUUUAGAAAACUUGAUAUCGGUUUUAGUCAGCUUGUCGACACCUCAUCCGCCACCCCUCUAUGAUUUGCCCAAUAUGAACUUUGUACUGGUUACGACCUUUCUUAUGAGCAGUGUAUUCAUGUACGCAUUUGCAUUCCAGUAGAUAUAUAUGUAUGUAUUGGAAUGUAGGUAUUUAUAUAGGACUCAUUCAGUAAGCUGUCGGAUAUUGAAUGAUGAUUUCUAAUAUGUUAUAAUUGUACUCAUGUUUUAAUUGUACUUACGUAUACAGAC